UUGAGUCAUGCCUUCUCUAGGACAUGUAUAAAAGAUUGCAGGCUCCAUCUAGACUUUGUUGCUGUGUCUGGAUGAACAACCACAGCUCCACCAUGAAGCAGUGUGUGGUAUUGAUGAUGGUCUUUCUGUGUGUCCGCGGGGCUCCUGUGGACACGCUGACUCCAGGAUCCUGUAAUGAUGCUGCAGCUAAGGGUGCUGCCACAGAAGCCUUAAAUCAAAUCAAUCUGGACCGCAAAGAAGGCUACGUCUUCACCCUUGAUCGCCUCAGUAAUGUCCACCAGAUGAUGCAUGGUGAGAACGGGGUUGUCUUUUAUCUUACUCUUGAUGUUUUGGAGACUACGUGUCAUGUCUUGAGCAAGAAGAACUGGAAAGACUGUGAAACCCGAAACACUGAAGAAUACCCACUGUACGGACAGUGUAAGGCCAUUAUCUACAUGAACAGAGUUCACAGGGUAAACCGCCUGUACAAAUACAACUGCAUUGUGAGACCAGUGCCUGCCAGCAAAAUUAUAGAACGAUGCCCAGACUGCCCCACACAAUUACCUGCAGAUCAUGAAGAAAUCUUGAAGACUAUGAAGAUGGCCAUGGAGAAAUAUAAUAAAGAGAGCGGACUGGGUAACUACUUUGCUCCUCUGAAAGUUACGAGAUCUUCUGCUCAGUAUGGUUUCGGACGAUUCCAUUUUGUGGAGUUCACCAUUCAGGAGACAAACUGCUCUAACAAAACCGAUAUUGCUGACGUCUCUAAAUGUGAAAUGAUGGCGUGUGAGUUUGCGCACAAAGGAUUCUGCAAAGCUUCCCACAUUAUGAGAGGUCCCGAGGAACAUCUUAGUGUUACGUGUGAAAUCUUUGAGCCUGAGGCAUCUGAAGAGGAAAAGAAGAAACACUUGAAGGGGGGAGAACUGGACCACACCCACAACAACACUGGCUCAUCUCCUGGACAUGCACAUGACCACGCGCAUGACCAUUCCCACGACCAUGCCCAUUCCCAUGGCCACGCCCAUUCCCAUGACCAUCCCCAUUCCCAUGACCAUGCCCAUUCCCAUGACCAUGCCCACGAGCAUGGCCAUUCCCAUGACCAUGCCCAUUCCCAUGACCAUGCCCACAACCAUUCCCAUGACCAUGCUCAUGACCACACAAAACCCCAUAAUCACAGCCACCACCACCACCACCACCCACACAAGCAUGGCAAAGGUCAUGGACACACACACUCCCAUGAUCACUCUCAUGACCAAGAACACGUUCACACCCACUACGCUAAGGCCCACGAGCACAACAAGGAUGAAUGGGAACACCAACACCACCAGUAUGGUCACAAAAAAGAUGAGACCCAUGAACACGACCAUGAGCUGCUCCUGGACCACGACCACAAACACAGACACCUCCACGAACAUGAACAUCAUCACCACCAACACGACCAUGACAGCAGAACCAAAGUGAGAAAACCUGAGGGAUCUGUCAAUGUUCUGCCACCCCUGGAUAAGCCCAUGAUUCUUCCAUCUUUCCCUGACAAGCCUGCUGAGGGACCCGAGAAACCGUCUACCCUCCCUGCUCACCCUGACCCCCAGAUUCCAGGACAGAUGGAACCUUUCAUCCACCCCUUCCCAAGCACUAUAUCCCCUGAGUGUCCCGCAGAGUCCAACAUUCAAAAUAUCAUCCUAAAGAAGGUCUUCAGCGAGGACCCUCUCUUCAAACCUACCGUGUAGAGCCCUGUGAAUAUUUUAUGUUUGUACAGUGUCAUAAAUAAACAAACACUUGUACACGUAA